AUGCCGCUGUUUAGACGCAAAACAGCGGAGAAGCAAGCCAAGCCACCGACAAGUGUACCAGUAUUGCCCGGUUCAGAUGUACAUAGAUCAGCUUCGAGUCGGUCAAACAGAAGCCUUCCUCAUUCUCCAAGCACACCCGACUCAUGGGGAGAGGGCAGCAGUUUAGGCAUUCCCUGCGGUACUGUGAACGGUAACGUCCCAGGUGAAAAGAGACCAAGGACAUUGAUGCUGACAGAGUCUGUUUUACAAGAUGGACAAGAUAUCCUCGCAGAUUCUUUAGAAUCACCUUUACGCACUUCCUCCAGACUGUCAAAAACUCUCCUGGAGGUUAUCCGGGACAAAGAUGCCCUGGCGUGCUUCAAGUCUUUCCUCAGCGGGCAGAAAGCAGAUCAUCUGAUUCAGUUUUGGUGUGAUGCGGAAUCUUUCCACGCUUCAACUCUCACCCGCAUGCGGACUCACACUUUACAGAGCUUGUCUAAGAGUUCACUGCACAAACGUAGGAGUAACAGUUUCCGACAAGCUGCUGAUAUACCUUGUGAAGCAGCAGGAAUAGUAUCUUCAUCAAAAGCAGACGCCAAUGCUUGUGACAGCAGAGUCUUGACUCGGACAGAUCCUCAGAACAGCCUUGGAAGCGUUAAAUAUCAAGAGAGGAGGCAUUUUUCAGAAAGUAGUGCUUGUGAAGAAGGAUAUUCUAAAAGGCUGACAGUGCCUGAUGGUCAGUCAUCAUCACAAAAUUUCCUAUCUCAAAAGCUAGAUAAUCUUUCAUCGAAACCAUCUUCUGACUCAGCCCAAAGACGGACUGAUGAUAAAGCAUCAGGUGUAUUUGUAUAUGAUCACACACAUAAACCUCCAGACCCAGAAUCUUCUGCAUUUGACAUCUCCAAGUCCAGCACAGAACGAAGACCUGUCAUUGAAAUGCUAGAUGUUCGUUGUGGCAGCCCCUCAUCCUCCACACUGCCUGUCGGUCCAAGUGAGCUCAAUUUAACUGCCACAAAUUCCCAGCACAUGAAGCCUGCAGCCUUAUCUCAACAGCCUUCAGAUGCUGAGGAGCCGGGCGUGUUAAAGAGUCCUUCGGAGCUUAGCCAGGAGGAUAUUGCUCAGAGGUUGAAAAAAAGUAUUGAGCGAGAUGCAGUAACUAUAUUCUCAACAUACAUUGCUAAGGAUGCCCCACAGCCUAUUGGAGUAGACGACAUGCUCAGAUCUGACGUUAUCAGUAAGAUCUGCAAAGAGAACGGGGAAGUUGACCCAGAAUGCUUUCUUGGUUGCCAGAGAUUUGCAUUAAACCGAUUGGACGUUGAGUACUUUCAGUCUUUCAGAGACAGUGAGUUUCACUGUCGACAUCAAGUUAAUGUGCUCACCACAGAGAAAGUUUAUCUGGCAGAUAUUCUCUUUAAUGAAAAUGCUCUCUGUUACUUCAUGGAGUACAUGGAGCAAGAAGGUGCCAGUGACUUGAUGCAGAUGUGGUUGGCAGCAGAUAACUUCCAGCAGCAGUUGACCUCAACCACUGGCUGCUAUGAUCCAGAACAGGCACAGAACGAUGCGAUGGUUAUAUACGAUCGGUACUUUUCUUUACAAGCCACGAACCCAAUUGGUUUUGAUGACAAGUUACGAUUUGAAGUUGAGGGCAAUAUCUGUCGAGAAGGAGGUCCAUUGCCUGACUGUUUUACCAAGGCCAAAAACAUAGUGCUCAAGAUUUUAGACAAGGUUUACUUUGCUGGUUACCUCCAGGGACACAUUUACUACAGAUACUUGUCGGAUCUGCUCAGCACAGUACAGAUUUCUGAAGACAUGCCCAGCAAGCAUUUCCUGAAGGGACACAGAAGAGCUGAAAGUGAUGCUUCUUCAGAACAUAGUGUGGGAAGCCAGAGCACGGGAGCCGAGAGUGUGGUGUCACGCAACACGCUGCUGGCUGUGGACACCAGGAAGCUGCGCAAAGGAAGCACAAUUGAAGGUGACUUCAGCAUGAGCAUGGACAUGUUUAACCCAGAUGUCUUGUGGAAAAGACCGGAUGCAAACAACUUGAGUCUGGGCUGUGUUAAUGAACUGGGCCAGUUUGUGUCCAGGUUUGAGCAUGGGUCAGAGACAGAGAAGAAGAAAGGUCCAAUUCUUUUCAAGAGGCGAAAGGACAAAGAGAAGGAGGAAGAAGAAAUGGCUCUUCGUAUUGCCAGAAUGAUCAUUUCAGACGUCAACACAAUGACCAAGACAGGGGAGACGAUGCUAAGCAAACCAAACAGCUAA